AUGGCUGAUGCACAACCAUUGGUCGGCGAGGCACUUGUGCAUACGGCUCCGGAGAGUUGGGCGACCUUCUUUGCAGAAGCUUUUCAAGCGAGCACCUUCAAGAGCUACUGGGGAAUGCUUCACUAUCUGACCUCAAGAUGGGCGUUCACCUGCUUUGCUAUGGCCCUCCUUCUCAAUCGGAUUGGCGUUUAUGGGGCAUCUAGACAAAGAAUUCAGUUGACAUGGACGCGGAGACUGGCCCUUCGAAUUGUGCCGAUCCUGCUGCUUACAAGCCAAGCUCACAGCAUAUUGCAGGCUAUCCGAUGUCAAACGUCCCCAAAUUUUUCCUUGUAUCGCCAUGGCGACAACAAUAAGUACAGUCUUCUUGAUUGGUCUUCGGACGGCGGUUCAUUACACAUACUCACGUCCACCCUCCUGUUUCGAUCGACAGAUGCUGAAGCCUGUGCUGCAGUUGGCCUCAGCAGACCUGAGCCUGAUGUCAAGGCCCCUUUUGGAUCGUUCUCUCUACUUUGGCCUGCUUUCUUGAGACUCAGCUUGGCCCACGCGGUGGAAAGCCUUUCUUGCACCCUGCAACAAAUUCCGUCCAUGACCGAGGUUGGCAUGUCUGUAUUUGAACAUUCACUUGCUUUUGCGGAAGCAGAAACAAUGAUAUCCCACACCCUGGGACUUGGUCUCUUCGGCAAUGGCAAACCUGCGAGCGUUAGCGAGACCACACCCGCGAAUUCUUCCUCUUCAUCUGGAUUUCAGGCUACUAUACCGGCUUCUGGGACAAUUCUCGCGAUUGCUGACGCAACGACCUCUCUGACCAGUCCACAUUUUUUGGACCGUGUAAAUGUUCCCGUUGAGGUAUUGUUGGUUACUUUACUUUCAUGUUCGAAUGCACUAUCAUCUCAUGUCAUCGCUGUUUUGGGCAAACAACGUCAGUGGCGCCUGAUCAACACUGGAAUUUGGGGAAUGGCAUUCAUGGGAUCCUUCGUAUGGGGCCUGAUGACUACAAGUGUGAUGGUUCGAGGUGGGGAUGAUGGGGAUGACCGUCCCGUUAGCAGUCUCCUCCAUUUUCCAACGGUUGCCAUUGUAGGCUUUCUGCCACACAUGUGUAUAAUUCUUGGAAUCUGUGUCUGUCUGGUCAUCUACCUGGUCGCUCUUGUCUUGACUGCUGUGUCACUUGGGACAAAUCCUUAUAUUCCGCAACCCACAAGCUUCAAACAGCGUUUUAGCAUUGCUCACGACAACUUACAAGCUGCAGUCCAGACUAGGGGAAUAAAUAUUCGUUGGUAUGAAGACUUCUACACGGCAUUACUUCGGGUCGGGUUCGCAGCCUUGACCGCUGCUUCGGAGGCUGUCUUCCUCAAUGAGGGAAGAUCGGUGGAAGUACGACAAUUCACCUGGUUGGAAGAAGAUAGAUUGGAUGAAUUCGAAACAGCGAAAAAUGAGCAAGGCGCACUUUCGAAUACUCAGCAAUUCCAAAUUCUCGAAGAGUAUGGCUUGCCACCAUCAAGUCCUGGCGGUACGGACAAAGGGGGUGUCUGGGAGUCUGGUUUCGCUAAAGAGCGGAAGUUCGAGCAAAAAGAGGGCGAAUUAUCUGGGAAAGACUCGUUCGUGUAUCCUACGCCACGCACUGGCGGCGUUGGCGCAGUUCAGAGGACAACAAGAUUUUAUCUUCUGAUGAUAUAUUUGCGAGGCAUCCUCUUCUUGAUUGGAGGAUAUAUUGCGUAUGGCCUGGGCAUGUUGCUUGACAGCAUUGGCAUCACUUCACGCCCGCGCUGGUUGAGAAAACUUGUGGGUCGAUCGCUGAAGAAAACGCGAAAGGAGAAGAGACGGACGACUUCUGGUAUUCCAAGUGACAAUUGGUUCUUUUCAGCAGACGGGAAAUUUUUCACGUCUGGCGAAAUAGAUGUCGACAUUGAACCAGACAUGCGAAGGCAAUUGAUGACAGAGUUUCCAGGAGAGAGAGUCGAUGAGUUACUUGACAAAAAGCUUUACGAUUGGUGGAAAGGCGGCGGCUUGUUCGGCACCAAGGAUGAGAGCGACGACUAUAUACCACCUACCAGCGAUGAUAACGAUGAUACGACCAGUGUAAUCUCAGUGUCUACGGCAAUGUCAGAAAGUCAUCACAGUGAGGAUGAUGCCUGGGAAUCAGAACCUGAUGGGCAACGGACACCUACACAGUCGGCACACAGUCCAUCAUGGUCUUUUUCGGGUUUACAAACAAGGGAGUCAACCCCGGAUUUGAUCGACUCACCAUUAGACCCGGCGACUCUAGCCAGGCUCCUGAAUCCGCAGGACAAAGAAUCCCGAGAUCAAGCUCGUGUUCUGGCCUCACACCUUUCGAGCUCUCAGCCGUCUGGUAUGAUGACUCGAUCACGCUACCGACGCGAACAGGAGAGGGAAAGGGCGAAGAUUCUGCUCGCAGGUCGACUUCCGCAUCCCUCCGUAUCUUCCUCACCAAAUAUCUCCCUCUACAGUAGCACCAAACAGGCUGGCCCCCGACCUCUUACUACAACGGAGGAGGCCGAGGUCCUAGAAUCACUGAUUCUCAACCGCCGCAGGAAACACGCCCCGCCUCCAAGGCCUAACCCAGCUUCCGGAGACGUUGGCGCCGAUGAUGAAGCUAGCAGACAAGCCGGUCCACCGUGUGUAGUCUGUCAGACAGCCGCCAGAACAAUCAUCGCGUGGCCCUGUCGAUGUCUCUGUGUCUGUGAGGACUGCCGCGUCAGCCUUGCUCUGAAUAAUUUUGGAAACUGUGUGACCUGCCGUCGAUCAGUUCAGGGGUUCGUGAGAUUGUACGUUCCUUGA